AGAUUAUCGUCGUUCGUUAUUUGAAAAAAAUGAUAUUAGUCCAGUAUUGUCAUUCGAAAAAUCAUUAACCUAUUAAAUAAUUUUUUACUUUUUGUAAAUAUUAGACUAACGUUUUAAUGCAUAUUAAUAAUAAAAAUUCAUUAUUUAUUUUUAUCAAAAGACAGACAUGACAUCAAAUUACUAUUUUGUGAUAAUUGGUCAAACAGAUAACCCAUUGUUUGAAAUUGAAUUCACCAGUUCCAGUAAAGAAUUAAAAAAAGAUGAUCAUUCACAUUUGAGUCAAUUCAUAACACAUGCUGCUUUGGAUUUGAUUGAUGAACAUGAAUGGAAAACAACAAAUAUGUUCUUGAAAGUUGUAGAUAAAUUUAAUCAGUGGUUUGUCAGUGCUUUUGUGACUGCAACCCAUAUUCGUUUUAUUAUUGUUCAUGAUGGCAAAAAUGAUGAUGGAAUUAGAAAUUUUUUCAAUGAAAUUUAUGAGAUAUACAUUAAGUACUCAAUGAAUCCUUUUUACAAGUUCAAUACCCCUAUCAAAUCUGUUGGUUUUGAAAAAAAGGCUCAAUACUAUGGAAGAAAAUACUUAAUACCAUGAUGAUUUUUACUACAAAAUUAGAAGUAAUAUAUAUGUACCAAUGAAAUAAUUAUUUUACUUUUUAUUUUUCAUUUGAAUAAUUAUAAUAUAAUUCCAUUAGAUACAACUUUAUACUUAAUUAUUGUGGCCAAAUAUAUGAAGGAAAGAAA